GUUUUGUGUGACGUCAUAAGGCUGCGCCGCUACUGCGCUGUGCAUUCAACUGGAGAAAGGAUAAAGUGUCCAAACGCAGAGAAAAACUCCUGCUGAAGCGACUGAUCUCCACACUGUUAUAAAGAUGGCGUUUAUUAAAGAGGAGAGUGAAGAUGUGAAGAUUGAAGAAACAUUCACAGUCAAACAGGAAGAUCUGCAGGAACAAACAGACCUAAUUGAAGAGAAUGAGGGAAGUAAAGAGGAGGAACAUCAUGUCAAAAUUGAGGAAAACAGUCAUUUACAGACUGAUGGUAUUUUGAAAAGGAGAGACAAGAAUCGUUUCAAAUGCACUCAGUGUGGAAAGAGUUUUGGAAGAAAAAGCAAUCUUAAGAUUCACAUGAUGAACCACACUGGAGAGAAACCUUUCACAUGCACUCAGUGUGGGAAGAGUUUUAGCCAAUCAUCACACUGUAAUCAACACAUGAGGAUCCACACUGGAGAGAAACCAUUCACUUGCACUCAGUGUGGGAAGACUUUCAGCCAAUCAUCACACUGUAAUCAACACAUGAGGAUCCACACUGGAGAGAAACCAUUCACUUGCACUCAGUGUGGGAAGAGUUUCAGCCAAUUAUCAUCCUUUAAUCUACACAUGAGGAUCCACACUGGAGAGAAACCAUUAACAUGCACUCAGUGUGGGAAGAGUUUUAAAUGCUUAUCACACCUUAAUCAACACUUGAGGAUCCACACUGGAGAGAGACCAUUCACUUGCACUCAGUGUGGGAAGAGUUUUAAAUGCUUAUCAUCCUUUAAUCAACACAUGAGGAUCCACACUGGAGAGAAACCAUUCACUUGCACUCGGUGUGGGAAGAGUUUCAAAAAAUCAUCACACCUUAAUCAACACAUGAGGAUCCACACUGGAGAGAAACCAUUCACAUGCACUCAGUGUGGGAAGAGUUUCAGCCAAUUAUCAUCCCUUAAUCUACACAUGAUGAGCCACAGUAAAGAGAAACCAUCCACUUGCACUUAAGCCGUGGUCACACUGGACUUUUCUCCCCAUAGACUUCAUUUCAUACACAUGCGAAUGCGUCAGACCAGAAAUGCAAGUUCGUGCAUCCAGUUUCGCAGUUUACUGCAUUGCAAAGUUCAAGCUUGAUGAACUCUGAUCUGCGAUAUCAUAUCACUUGACUGUGUGAGACUAAUUGAAGAUCAAAACAUGACUUCUCUGCACAGAAAUUUAAAAUAUGCACCAAUCGCUCACUUUUUAAAUGUCUAAUCAUCUUGUAUAAUCCCGCCCCUUUUCGCAGCGUCGUACAACAUAAUUUCGCAUGCUCAAACUCUAGUGUGACCGCAGCUUCAGUGUGGGAUGAGUUUCAGCAACUCCUCAGACCUUAAUAAACACCGGAAGACCCACCCUGGAGAGAAACAGUUCACGUUCACUCAGUGUGGGAAGAGUUUCAACCGAUCAGCAAACCUUAAUGAACACAUGAAGAUCCACACUAGUGUGAAAGAGUAUAUGUGCUUGAGUGUGAGAAGACUUAUUACAGCUCCAAAAUUGAAACUGCACCACACAAACACAACACAAAAGAGGAUUCACACUGGAGAGAAACCGUACAGAUCUGAUCAGUGUUUACAGAGUUUUGCUUAUUCGGCGCAGCUUAAGAAACACAUGGACAAAAAGUUGCACACACGACAUGAAUGCAGUAAAACAUUUUCUCAUGUGCACAGAAUGUUUCAUGUCUGAAUAAUGUUUGAAAAGGCUGAGUGAUGGUAUACUAUUUUCCAACACUCCUACACUGCAGUAGGUGGGGUUGUAAAUGGGUUGCACUCCUCGCGUUUACUGUAAACACAUGGAUGUGGUGGCUGAGAGAAAAACAGUUUCAUAAACAUCUGGCAAACAGCACCUCUGCGGCUUAAAAUCUCUUGCAAGUGAUUGUGCAGAUGUGGAUACAUCUGUACUCCACUCUUCAGUGUAUUCAUGUAGCUAGUGUUGUUUUGGAUGAUGUUCAAAUCACUGGGAAGACACCGCACAGCAAAGAAGGUGGAGCUCCAGGACGGUUAGUUUGCAGUAUACUAGGGCCUCAAGUUUAGAAAGCCCAUUCAAUUGUCCUGUGUUGCAGCGUUUAUUAGUAAAGUUUCUUUACUUUGAGGUUCAAUAUUCUUUCUAGUUUACUUCAUUUACUUUUUUGAGUAGAAUACAAACCUGAUGAAUAUUUUAUGAUUUAGGUAGAGCGACAGGUAUUAAGUUUUACAAUAUUAAUACACUGUGAUGAUCCCAAGACUUCAGAUUGGAGUAUGUGGUAAAUCCUGAUUAAAUGCCUGCAUUACUCCUCAAUGGGUAUAUAAAAGUUGUUGUGCUAGCUACCCCAGGACGCUGUAGCUACUCAGAAGUCCUCAUGUCAAGACCUGCCAUCUCAUUGACUCUUUAAGCUUAUGGUUUUGUUUUGCAUUACUUAUGUCAUGUAGUUAAAGUGUUGUUGUGAUUAUAUCCUAAGUUCUUAAUCUUCAUUAUUAUCCCUAGACAUUUGUUGGUUGCUUUGAUUGAUUGUUCUAGGAGUUACAUUUUGUAAUAAAUAAUUUGCAU